AGAGUGAUGGAUGAAGUUGCAGGAUGUCUAGACGCGUAUAAUGAACUGGACAAACAAUGGACGAUCUUUAGGGACAAGGGCACAAAGGUUGCCAACAAGAUGGUCAACACACAUCUUAGAUUGACGUACGUCGAUGUCAACGAAUGGAGCACAUCUAUAAAGGAUAACAUCAAUCUACAUCGUCAACUCAAAGAUGUAAUGUUCAAGUCCGUCAUCGAUCAAUACCAACAACUCUACAGCUGCUACUGCGAGCUCUCAACCAUCGUCGACAAGUUAACACAACGCAAGGAUACCCUACUUCGUGUCCACUCCAACUAUCCAAACAACAACAAUCUCACUCGCUUUGUCAUAGUCAACUACUUUAUAGACAUCGUUGACAUGUACCGUGGAUCAUUGAAUAACAAGCAGGAGAUAUUGCAGUCGGUACUUGGAUGUGAGGAUCGUGAUAAGCUCACUCUUGCACUUGCAGCAUGGCAGAGUGAUAUACACAUCAAUAGAGACAACAUCAGUACCAUCCAAGAUAUGUUCACAACUCAAUUGUCAAUGACCUUCCCA